CGCAUGCGCAGAGUCACUUUUCCGCCUCAGGACUUCCUCAUUGGGAGCUCUUGGUGCAAACUGUCUCACAGUUUGACGUUUCGGCUCAAGCCUCGUUCUUCUUUUCUUCUUCCUUUUUCGUUGAGCCCCACAGAUGUCCAAGCCUCCUCCCAAGCCGGCCAAGCCAGGCCAAGUCAAGGUUUUCAGAGCCUUGUACAACUUUGAUCCCAGAACACCAGAUGAGUUGUACUUUGAAGAAGGUGACAUUUUGUACAUCUCUGACACAAGUGACAGUAAUUGGUGGAAGGGGACAUGCAGAGGAAGGACGGGGCUAAUUCCAAGUAACUAUGUGGCUGAGCAGGCAGAGUCCAUCGACAAUCCAAUGCACGAAGCAGCUAAAAGAGGUAAUCUCAGCUGGCUGAGAGAAUGUGUUGACAACAAGGUUGGAAUUAACGGACUGGACAAGGCUGGAAACACUGCUCUCUACUGGGGAUGCCACGGAGGACAUAAAGAUGUGGUGGAGUUGUUGUUAAGCCAGUCCAACGUGGAGCUCAACCAGCAGAAUAAACUUGGGGACACUCCGCUGCAUGCUGCAGCUUGGAAGGGUUACUCUGACAUUGUGGAAAUGCUGCUCAACAAAGAUGCACGGACGGACAUCAGGAACAAUGAGAAUAAACUGGCUCUGGACAUGGCCACCAACGCCCAGUCUGCGUCACUCCUCAAAAGGAAGCAGGCCAGCAAUGUUACCCGCACACUCAGCAACGCUGAAGAGUAUUUGGACGAUGAAGACUCGGACUGAGCCGGCGCCGUUGAAACCUUUUCAAGUGCCUUCCAUUAAUUCUGCAGGGAGGGUUGUGGACAUUUGAGGGCUCUAUUUAAGACCACAAACGGUUGUUUCUGUUGCUUUAACUCCAUUGUAGUUCGGUAACUUUGUUCAAACACGCCCGUGUCUCUGAGUGGGAAUUGCAAAGCCCCGAAUUAAUCAUUUACAGUUAUCCUGCUUUGCCAAGACCUCCUUCUGAUGUGGAGAAGGUUCUUGGAGUAUUGGGAGAAACCCGCUGUGAACAGAAAUGUGACCAAAAGCUCUCAAGAGGACCAAUUGUCAACAUGCAGUUGGGAAUAAACGUGUCCUUAAAGUUUAAAAAUGGAUCUGGUCUGUCAAGCUUUAAAGCUUUACUUCCUGAAGUGGAGGCUUGAGGCUUGUAAUUGGGUUAACUUCCUGUCAUAAAUAUAAGGGGGGCCACUGAUGUGCAUAGAUUACUUUUGUGUGGUAAAGUGUACAUAAACUGUUUUGUGGUUUAUAACUUUUCCACCUGCAAAAAAAACAACCUACUUUAAUAUCACUGUUGCUACAGACCUCAUGAAAAUAACUUUAUAUUGAUCGGCUUCACAAAGUUUGAUUUUUGCGUCUGAUUUCCACCUAAUUAAAAAAUGCUUUAAAAUA